AUGGAUCGCGCUUCGCUGGCCGCCCUGUUGAGAGACCCACAGGUGGCCGCCUGCACCAACGCAGAGGCGUUUCUGCUCCAUUCCGAUGAGUUGUAUGAGAGAAGGCUGAUGUACCUCUCUCUUCUCGUCUUCUCCCCAGAUUGCCUUGGGUCCCCGGUGUUUACGCCCAUCAAGGCGGACAUAAGCGGUAACAUCACGAAAAUCAAAGCUGUGUACAACACCGACCCGACCAAGUUCCGGACCCUGCAGAACAUCCUGGAGGCGGAGAAGGAGAUGUAUGGAGCGGAGUGGCCCAAAGUGGGGGCCACGCUGGCGCUGAUGUGGCUGAAAAGGGGCCUCCGCUUCAUCCAGGUCUUCCUGCAGAGCAUCUGCGACGGGGAGCGGGACGAGAGCCACCCCAACCACAUCCGCGUCAACGCCACCAAGGCCUACGAGAUGGCGCUUAAGAAGUACCAUGGCUGGAUCGUGCAGAAGAUCUUCCAGGCAGCGCUGUAUGCCGCGCCCUACAAGUCCGACUUCCUGAAAGCGCUGUCCAAGGGCCAGAACGUGACGGAGGAGGAGUGCCUGGAGAAGGUCCGCCUGUUCCUGGUCAACUUCACGGCCACCAUUGACGUCAUCUACGAGAUGUACACCAAGAUGAACGCCGAGCUCAACUACAAGGUGUAGGCGUGCCCCCGGCCGGCACUCCCAGGCACAGACCAGCCAGAAUCACUGUGAAGACCAGCAGCUGGAGGCCGCCGUGGCCUGCGUCCCCCAGAGCGGCCCAGAGUCUGGCUGGGGUUGCAGGGGACGGCCCUGGUUUCUGAAAAGUCACUUUUGGGGUCUAUCCUAACGGAGCAAUAAAUAACCACCCUCUUC